AUGGUGGCGGCGACGGUGGCGGUGGAGAGGGCGGCGGCGGGCUGGGCCGCGGCGGCGAGGGUGGCGGCGGGCUCGGUGGGGGCGGCGAGGGCGGUGGCGGCGAGGGUGGCGGCGGCGACGGCGGAGGUGCCAAAGGAGGCGGCAGCACGGGAGGCGGCGGCGAUGGGGGUGGUGGUGAUGGCGGCGGCGGCGAUGGGGAUGGCGGUGAGGGUGGUGGCGGAGAUGGGGGUGGCGGAGAUGGGGGUGGCGGUGAGGGUGGCGGCGGCGAUGGCGGUGGUGGGCCUGGCAGUGGGGGCGACGGCGGCGGCGGGCUGGGCGGAGGCGGGGAUGGCGGCGGCGGGCGCGGCGGCGGCGGCGAGGGAGGCGGCGGGCUGGGUGGUGGCGGCGAGGGUGGCGGCGGCGAGGGAGGCGGUGGGCUGGGCAGCGGCGGGCUUGGGGGUGGCGGCGAGGGCGGCAGAGGGCUCGGAGGCGGAGGGCUCGGAGGCGGUGGCGAGGGCGGUGGCGGCGAGGGUGGCGGCGGCGAGGGCGGUGGCGGCGAGGGUGAUGGCGGGCUCGGAGGAGGCGGCGAGGGUGGCGGCGGCGAUGGCGGUGGUGGGCCUGGCGGUGGGGGCGACGGUGGAGGCGGGCUGGGUGGAGGCGGGGAUGGCGGCGGCGGGCGCGGCGGUGGCGGCGAGGGAGGUGGGCGACGGAGUGGGCGACGCGGUAGGCGAAGCCGUCGGCAACGCUGUAGGCGAAGCCGUCGAACUGGGUGCAGAGGAGGGAGCGGCGGAGGGGGCGGAGGAGGGGGCGGAGCUCGAAGCUGACGAGGGCGAAGAGGAGGGGGCGGAGCUAGGAGCCGACGAUGGAGAGGAGGGUGCGGCGCUGGGCGAUGACGACGGGGCAGAGCUCGAAGCUGACGAGGGCGAAGAGGAGGGAGUUGACGAGGGCGCGGAGCUCGAGGGCGGCGGCGGUGAGGGUGGUGGCGGCGAGGGCGGCGGCGAGGGCGGCGGCGAGGGCGGCGGCGGUGAGGGUGGAGGUGGCGGAGACGACGGCGGCGGCGAGGGCGGCGGUGAGGGCGGCGGCGAGGGCGGCGGCGGUGAGGGCGGCGGUGAGGGUGGAGGUGAGGGCGGCGGCGAGGGCGGUGGCGGCGAGGGCGGUGGUGGUGAGGGCGGCGGGGAGGUGGGCGGCGGGGUGGGCGACGCGGUAGGCGAAGCCGUCGGCAACCCUGUAGGCGAAGCCGUCGAACUGGGUGCAGAGGAGGGAGCGGCGGAGGGGGCGGAGGAGGGGGCGGAGCUCGAAGCUGACGAGGGCGAAGAGGAGGGGGCGGAGCUAGGAGCCGACGAUGGAGAGGAGGAGGGUGCGGCGCUGGGCGAUGACGACGGGGCAGAGCUCGGAGCUGACGAGGGCGAAGAGGAGGGCGCAGACGAGGGCGCGGAGCUCGAGGGCGGCGGCGGUGAGGGUGGUGGCGGCGAGGGCGGUGGCGAGGGCGGCGGCGUGGGGGGCGGUGAAGGGGGCGGCGGUGAGGGCGGCGGUGAGGGUGGAGGUGAGGGUGGCGGCGAGGGUGGCGGCGGCGAGGGCGGCGGCGAGGGCGGCGGCGAGGGCGGCGGCGAGGGCGGCGGCGGUGAGGGCGGCGGUGAGGGUGGAGGUGAGGGCGGCGGCGAGGGCGGUGGCGGUGAGGGCGGUGGUGGUGAGGGCGGCGGGGAGGUGGGCGGCGGGGUUGGCGACGCGGUAGGCGAAGCCGUCGGCGACUCUGUAGGCGAAGCCGUCGAACUGGGUGUAGAGGAGGGAGCGGCGGAGGGGGCGGAGGAGGGGGCGGAGCUCGAAGCUGACGAGGGCGACGAGGAGGGGGCGGAGCUAGGAGCCGACGAUGGAGAAGAGGAGGGUGCGGCGCUGGGCGAUGACGACGGGGCGGAGCUCGAACCUGACGAUGGAGAAGAGGAGGGUGCGGCGCUGGGCGAUGACGACGGGGCGGAGCCCGGAGCUGACGAGGGCGAAGAGGAGGGCGCAGACGAGGGCGCGGAGCUCGAGGGCGGCGGCGGUGAGGGUGGUGGCGGCGAGGGCGGCGGCGAGGGCGGCGGCGUGGGGGGCGGUGAAGGGGGCGGCGGUGAGGGCGGCGGUGAGGGUGGAGGUGAGGGUGGCGGCGAGGGUGGCGGCGGCGAGGGCGGCGGCGAGGGCGGCGGCGAGGGCGGCGGCGAGGGCGGCGGCGAGGGCGGCGGCGAUGAGGGCGGCGGUGAGGGCGGAGGUGAGGGCGGCGGCGAGGGCGGUGGCGGCGAGGGCGGUGGUGGUGAGGGCGGCGGGGAGGUGGGCGGCGGGGUGGGCGACGCGGUAGGCGAAGCCGUCGGCGACUCUGUAGGCGAAGCCGUCGAACUGGGUGUAGAGGAGGGAGCGGCGGAGGGGGCGGAGGAGGGGGCGGAGCUCGAAGCUGACGAGGGCGAAGAGGAGGGGGCGGAGCUAGGAGCCGACGAUGGAGAGGAGGAGGGUGCGGCGCUGGGCGACGAGGACGGGGCGGAGCUAGGAGCCGACGAUGGAGAAGAGGAGG